AUGUGGUGCUGGGAGACUCAAGCUGAAAAGGAGGCAGCCAAAGGAACAAUGACUCUCAAAAGGAAAGCAAUUCUACGGCAAAGGCAAGUUCUAUUUCUUUUUUUGCUGUGGGUGUCAGAGGCCAGCUGCGAGCUGGGGAGGUUUUUGGUGGCGGAGGAGACGAGAGGCUCUUUUGUGGCAAAUGUAGCAACUGUCUUGGGGUUAGAGUUAGGAAAUCUGUCAGCCAGAGGGGCCCGGAUAUCUUCUAGAGGAAAUAAGCAGAUUUUGCAGCUCAGUGGUGAGACCGGAGAUUUGGUUCUAAAAGACAAAGUGGACCGGGAAGAGCUGUGCGGCUCCACUGAGCCCUGUCUGCUGCCUUUCCAGAUUGUACUGGAAAACCCUUUCAAGAUAUUUCGGGCUGAGCUUUUGGUAGGAGACAUUAACGAUCAUUCGCCCGUUUUCCUAGAAUCAGAAAUGCUCCUGAAAAUCCCGGAAAAUAGUGGUCCUGGUACUGUUUUGCCUCUGAAAAAUGCUGAAGAUUUAGAUGUAGGAAGUAACGCAGUGCAGAAUUAUACUAUCAGCCCUAAUUCUCAUUUCCACGUUCAAACUCACAGUCGUAGUGAGGGCAGGAAGUUCCCAGAGCUUGUGUUGAUCAAAACUCUGGAUCGUGAGGAGCAGCCGGAAUUCACAUUAACCCUCACAGCCAUAGAUGGUGGGUCCCCGCCCAGGUCUGGAACGACUCGCGUUCGCAUAGCAGUUUUGGACAUUAAUGAUAAUGCUCCCAUAUUUACUCAACCUCAAUAUGAAGUUCGGAUCCCUGAAAACAAUUCCAUCGGUUCGUUGGUCGUCACCAUCUCUGCUGGAGACUUGGACACUGGAAAAAACGCAGAAAUACUGUAUUCGCUUUUUCAUAGUUCUGAGGAAAUUAUCAAAACUUUUGAAGUAAAUCCCAUCUCAGGAGAUAUUCGACUCAGAAAAAAACUAGAUUUUGAGACAAUUCAACGGUAUGAGGUAGAUAUUGAAGGAACUGAUGGUGGUGGCCUUUCCGGAAAAUGUACUGUCAUUGUUCAUGUGAUAGAUCUGAACGACAAUGCUCCAGAACUAAUCAUGUCAUCACUUACCAAUCCUAUCCCAGAGAAUGCACCUGAGACUGUGGUGGCUGUUUUCAGUAUUUCAGAUUUGGACUCAGGAGAAAAUGGAAGGGUGGUUUGCUCCAUUCAAGAAGAUAUCCCCUUUAUUCUGCAACCUUCCAUAGAAAAUUUUUAUGCCUUAGUAACAGAAGGAGCCCUGGACAGAGAGAAUAAGGCCCAAUAUAAUGUUAUGAUUACUGUCACGGAUUUGGGGUUUCCGAGGCUCAAAUCAGAAUAUAACAUCACAGUGUUUAUCUCUGACGUUAAUGAUAACCCACCAGUAUUUACUCAAACAGAAUAUACUCUCUAUCUCAGGGAGAACAAUAGUCCUGCCUUCCAUCUUGGUAGUGUCAGUGCCAAUGACAGGGACUCAGGGACUAAUGCCAAAGUCACCUAUUCAUUGCAGCCUCCAGGGCUUGAGAAUUUGUCCCUCUUUUCCUACAUCUCCAUUAAUUCAGACAAUGGACAUCUCUAUGCUCUGAGAUCCCUGGAUUAUGAAAUCAUCCCAACUUUCCAGUUUUCUGUAAGGGCAACUGAUGGAGGCUCUCCAGCCCUGAGCAGUCAGGUUCUAGUUCAGGUUGUGGUCUUAGAUGAGAAUGACAACUCUCCCUUAGUGUUAUAUCCACUGCAGAAUGGCACAGUAUCCUGCAAUGACCUGGUGCCAAGGGCAGCAGAACCAGGUUACUUAGUCACCAAAGUGGUGGCUGUGGAUGAAGACUCAGGUCAAAAUUCCUGGCUUUCCUACCAGCUUCUCAAAGCCACGGAUCCAGGACUCUUCACUGUGUGGGCCCAUAAUGGAGAAGUACGAACACUGAGGCCCAUCAGUGACAGAGAUGCCAUCAAGCAGAAGCUUCUGAUUCUAGUGAAGGACAAUGGCCAACCACCUCUGUCCACAGCAGUCACGCUGAAUGUACUCCUGGUGGAUGGAUUCUCUGAGCCAUAUAUAAAGCUCCAAGGAUCUGCCAAGGAGCCAGUACAGACUGAUUCUCUCACUCUCUACUUGGUCAUUUCUUUAGCUUCUAUCUCUUUUCUCUUCUUAUUUUUUAUCAUUGUGUUCACUGUACUGCAUCUAUGGAGGAAGAAAAGAGAUUCUUCAGAUAGUAGCCACUUUGAGUCCAAUGGUCCCUUCCCAGGUCAUUUGGUGGAUGCCAGUGGCACUGGGACCUUGUCCCAUAGCUACCAAUAUGAAGUAUGUCUUACCAGUGGUUCUGGGACUAGUGAAUUUAAGUUCUUGAAGCCAAUUAUUCCCAGUCUCCCUGCUCACAAUGAUGGAAAGGAUUUGGAGGAAAGGAAUAAUUUAGGCUUCAGUUAAAGAUGAAAUAUUUUCCCCCACAAAUUCUAUCAAGAAUAUUUUUUUGUCUCUGAAUGAGUUUUUAAAUACAUCUAAGAAUGUGUUUUAAGUGCUGAUUUAUCUAUUUUGUCCCUUUGUUUUCCAAGUUUUAAAUUUUCUUUUCCACCUUUGUAUAAUAAAAAUUGAGGAUGUCCUUCAGAACAUAUCCUUUCAUUGCAUUACUUGUAAAGGAUUUUGCAGCUAACAUCCCUUAAAAUCAAUUUUUCCAUUUUAAAACCAAAUUUAUCCUCAAAUAAAGUACAUUUCAACUAUCUAAGCAUA